ACAAUAUUUGCACAUAUUUUGCGCUUGCGCUGUGAGGUCACGUUCUCUUUCCUGUGAUCCAACAUGUCGAAGAGAGGACGUGGAGGUACUGCUGGCGGAAAAUUCCGCAUUGCCCUGGGUCUUCCAGUGGGUGCUGUUAUCAACUGUGCCGACAACACUGGUGGUAAAAACCUGUAUAUCAUUGCUGUAAAAGGCAUCAAAGGACGUUUGAACCGUCUCCCAGCUGCCGCAUCAGGCGAUAUGGUGUUGGCAACUGUAAAGAAGGGAAAGCCAGAACUUCGAAAAAAGGUUAUGCCUGCAGUUGUUAUUCGGCAGCGGAAGCCGUACAGAAGAAAAAAUGGUGUAUUCAUAUAUUUUGAAGACAAUGCGGGGGUUAUAGUGAAUGUUAAAGGAGAGAUGAAAGGAUCUGCCAUCACUGGACCAGUAUCAAAGGAAUGUGCUGACUUGUGGCCCAGGAUUGCAUCUAACGCCAGCAGCAUUCAAUAAACUCUCUUAAACCCAAUUAAAGCAUUUAGUAACCAUUA